AUGGCUGCUAUAUUUGCCAUACUUGCAGCAGUAAUUUGGUCGGCAUGGAUCUUUGCUGUGUUUGUGGUGAUGGCAUGCAUGGUUUUGGCAUUCAUCUGCAUAUAUUUGCAGUUGACAGGCUGGCUCUAUAUUAAUCAUACACUGAAUUCAGGUGAUUUAAAGGACAUCGAAGAGUCCUACAUGUCGAUUCAACAGUCGCACUUGUGGGUAGCAGAGUUGAAUGGAAGAGUUGUUGGGAUGGUGGGCCUCGUUCACGAGGAAAACUUCGAACGAGGCGUCUAUGAACUCAAGCGCAUGUACGUUGUCCCGAGUUGUAGGGGAAUGGGGAUCGCUAAUAACCUGAUUAAUGAACUUAUCUCACAUGCCAAGACAUAUAGCAUAAAAUUGGUUAUCUUAAAAACAACGUCUUCGCUGGUGCCAGCGAUCCAAUUGUACAUGAAGAAUGGUUUCACAUUUUCCAGCGCUAGUUUAAAUGGCAAGUUAACCGACGUGCCUGUCAUCAACAAACGGAGUUUACCACAAGACAUACACCUUAAGUUAGACAUUUCCUCAGUAGCUGCACCUUAA